AUGCGGGUGCGCCUGGGCGCGCUGGCGGGCGCGGCGGCGCUGACCGGGGCGCUCAGCUUCGCGCUCCUGGCGGCCGCCGUGGGCACGGACUUCUGGUACAUCAUCGACACCGAGCGGCUGGAGCGCGGCGGCCCGGGCGUGCGGGGCCGGGCGGGGGCCGCCAACCGCAGCCAGCCCGAACGCGUGAGCUCGCACUCCGGCCUCUGGCGCACCUGCCGGGUCCAGAGCCCGUGUGUGCCGCUGAUAAACCCUUUCUGGCAGGAAAACGUGACCCUCAGCGACUCAAGCCGACAACUUCUCACCACGCACGGGACCUUCGUGGUCCUGCUGCCGCUCAGCCUGAUCCUGAUGGUUUUCGGGGGGAUGGCGGGGUGUCUGAGCUUCCUGCUCCGCGUGCCCGUCCUCCCGCUGCUGGCGGGGGCCGUCUUCCUCCUUGGAGUGAGGACCGUGAGGACUUGAGACGGGAAAGGUCUGGCCUCAGAUCAAACCGGAAGGCCAGGAUGGAGACCCAGGCACCAUUUUUCAUCGCCCUGCGGGGUCUCCGGCUCCGUGGCCCACACACCCCAAGAAACGACGAUGAGGCCGUCUGUGCCACGAGCCUUCUGUACCUUCGCCUUCCCUUGCCCUGGUGAGACUCAUACGGGAACACCAUUUGCGGGUGGCGUCCCCCCAUGAAAGGUUCAGGACACUGCCGUGUUCAUCACCGAGCUCCUAAGAGCAGUGCCUACAGCGUGGAAAUCCUUUUUUUCCUUGACAAAUGAUAUAUUUCAUUUAUUUCCCAUGAUCUUCUUGCAUUAUUUCAACAUUAUUAAUACUCGGCAAAUAUAUUAAAAAAGUAAUAAACUGGCAAUUAUGAUUGUGCUAUGGACCCCAAACUGCAAUUAUUCAUUAUGUUUCAAUUAUUAACUUCACUUCAAAUGUCUUUCAGCAAAGAUUGCAAAAGGAAAAAAAAAAUCCCAAUGAAGCUCUGUACCCUGGUUGCUGGAAACCCAUGCUUCGCUCUGACUCGACACUUGUGUGAUUUAUCUGCUGUCUCAGGCCUGGAGGAAUCAAAAUAAU